AUGACUCCACCCUCUCCGCACGCUCCCUCUUCCGAUGAGGAGAUUCGGCGCAACACUUCCACGAACUCCAUGAGAACCGUCCCCGAUGAAUCGAUUCCGAGCUCGUACACUACUGCAGCUCGUAGAUCUCCUUCGAGCAACGACACUCCCUCGCGCAUGACCGUGGACUACCCGGCUUUCGGCGGCGUUGACCGCGCGUCGGGAACAUCACUGGCUCCUGAAGCACGCAGCUUUGGCUACUCGCGGAGCCAAACCUGGGUAGCACCACCGUUGCCAUUCAUACCUCCGCAGUCCUCCAUGAUUCAAGCCCAGUUGGAGCUUCUGCCUUCUAGCCCUCAUCAAAGACCGACUCAUCGACGGAGUACUGGCGUUGCGCAUACGGGCGAACAGCCGGACAUUCCUCGUCCGAACAUGAGCGAUUUGGGUUGGUACGGACGACACCCACAGUACACUGGCGCCCUGGACAUCGGCUUCCAAGCUUACCACAUGGGCCUGGCGGGAUUCCAUCAUCCAACCACUCGAAUCAACCAAGCGAACAGCAUUGUGGCUCACCGUCCUCUCUACUCCCGCAACGACACACAUCACCAAAUCGUCACCUCUCUCCCAAUGAUCUGCAUCCCUGCAAGCUCUCUUCCGACUCUGGCUUCAUCCGACAACGACACCGGAGAAGACUCUCCCAAUGCAACGGCCACUCUCGCUCGGCGCCAGGAAGCCAUGGUCAGCGACUGCCUCGUCUGUGCUCAGGAUGACAAGUCAGUAUGGUUUGAAACCGGCUGCGGGCACAUUGCCUGUGCCGAGGGCAUGGUCAGAUGGCUACAGGAGCAUCGAACUUGCCCAUCAUGUCGGCGAAUCGUGGUCGGUGAAGAGAUCAAGCUGAUCAUGGUGGACGACAAGACCACAGACGAGAAAGACAAAACGGGCAGCUAG